CCAAAUUGAUAGUUUCGUGUGUGGUGAAGUUUAUUUGUCAAAGUUUGGGUUUUGAGUAGGAAAUUGCAGGUGUAGAAUCCUGAAUCAAAUCCUCUGUCUGAUUAAAAUUAAAUCAAUGUUAAUGGGUUUUCAGUUUCAUUUCAGCCUUUUGCUUUCUGUAAUUCUGACAAUAACAACGACCUAUCAAUUAACUUUUGUUUUUAUUUGUGGUUCGCAGUUGGUUUUAGUGGCAUCUCUGAGCAUGAAGCAGCUAUUAAAACAUGCGAUAUAGUAAUCAAUGGAGGUUGCACAGACGAGGAAUGCUGCAAGCUUCGCUGCAAAAGGCGGAUACCGUACGCGGAGACCAUCGAGGUUAGCCAUAAGGUUACAAAUGGCGCUAAUCGGUGCCUCUGUCACGCGACAUAUAGAGGGAAGCCAAGUUCUUGUGCGCCAUGAGUGUCGGUGGUGGUAUAUAAACAUAGAAACCAACUGUAAUUCUUAACUUUGUACUUUGAGGAGUCGCAUGUACAUUGAGAGUCGCAUGGUUUAGAUCUGAGUUGGGGCGUAGAUAGGAGUUUAAAAUCUCACUUUCAUUUUUAACGGAAAAUUUUGGGAAAGUUUAGGAGAGAUGGUAACUUGCCAACCCAACAGCCCCUAAGAAGCAAAUUUGUUUUGUUCUGUUGCCCAAUUGAAUAAAAAAAAAAGUGUGUU